GACCAUGUGCUUCGUGUCAUUCGAUUGUGAAAGCAAGUGGUAAAUCCCACUUAGAAUACACUAGGUCAAGAUUCGAGGGCUACAGAUAUGUUAUGUUUUGUUGGUGAGAGGGCAGCAUUCUAGUGAGACAGAAAAGCCCGGCGCACACGACGAGGCCUUUUUCACGCUCACUGCCUCGCGAGGCCAAAAUGUUCAGUUCGAGGCCAACAGUUCAAGCAGGAGAAAAUUUUGGCCUGGUGCGCGAGUUGUGAGAUCGUUUGAUCGACGCACACAAACUAUGAAUUUUUUGCCUCGCGAGGCAGUUAGCAAAGAGCACGCGUGAAAUCAUCUCGUCAAAGCCUAGAUGAUUAGAAAGACUUAAACAUGCAACACUUGAGUAUCGGGCUGCAUUGUCCGAUGCUUCCGUCAGCAGUCAAAUAAUGACUUAAAGUUCACGUCUAGGUCAUUAUAAGGUAAAUAGCAAAUUAGCAAUGCCAGCACGUCCGCUCUGUUGGGUAUAUAGGCCACCCAACCAUACCAAGUAUACUCAGAACGCGCUUAACUAGCAGAAGAGUUCAGCAGCUCUACCUGGAUUCCAAAAUGAGUUAUUAUCAUCAGCCAAGCACAGCUCCACUGGACAAUAGAUUAUUACACGAGCAUUUAGAUGCAAGGGCUCAAGCCACACCCGACAAGGAAGCGCUGAUCUAUUUUGACGAAAACUUCGUCCGUAAAGCGCUAACGUUCUCCCAGUUUCGAUAUUUGUCGAGGUGCUUUGCACGGGCGUUGCUAGAGAUGGGGAUCCGAAGAGGGGAUAGGAUCGCACUGAUGCUGCCUAACGGUCUUGAGUGCGCGGUGUGCUGUAUGGCCUUACACAGAAUUGGGUCGAUGGCGGUACUUGUGCCUCUUGGAGACAUCAAAGAUUCCCAAAUUACGCUUCUGAAGAAAAUUAAAUGCCGAGGAGUGAUUCGAAGCCUACGCAUAGAGAACAAACAGGCCGAGCAGGUCCAGCGCGCUACUGAUGGGCUAUUGCAAGUGAAGGGUGCAGACGGUAGUGCGCAAAUCAAAGUCUUGAUUACCACUGAUGUCGAUGAGAGUCUCUUGGACAAAGAUAAGGUAGAAAAAGAUAAGUCCUAUCUGGAAAUACUGGAACUAGGCAAGAAACUGGACUGUUGGACACUGGAUGAUGCGCAGUCUAAAGUGCGUCCAGAAGACCCUGUUGCGGUAGUGUUUACGUCUGGCAGCACGGGGGACCCUAAGGCAGUCACAUUCACUCAACACGCUAUUGUAAAUUCUAUGACCACGGGCUCAUUUAAACAUGAUGAUCGGUACUUCAUGGCGCGCCCUAUUGUCUGGAUCAGCGGCUUUACCCUACUUUGCGCAGUACCAAUUGCAGGUUUCACGCUUGUGAUGGCGCCCAGUGAGCAGCUGUUGGCAGAGAAGUACGAGUACGCAUUUAAAAUCAUUCAGGGGGAGAGAUGCACGAGCGCAAACUUACUCCAGAAUCUCCUCUAUCGACUGAUUGAUGAAAAACUCUACAAGAAAUACAACCUGAAAAGCCUGCGUUCCUUUGGAGUUGGUGGUCAGCGUAUUCCCAAGAAUUUAAUAAGCAGUGUGAUAGACGUUUUGCCCGGAAUCCGUUCUCUUCUAGUCUACGGUUGCACUGAGACGCUAUUGGUCGGACUUCAGCCAAUCAGCAAAGAGAACGUAAUGACAGAGGAUUAUGGGAAAAUGUUUGUAAUUCCUGGAGUUGAGAUUAAGGUCGUGGACAGAGAGGGCGUUGCUGUCCCUAGGGGCGUUAUUGGUGAGGUGUGCGUGCGAUCCCCUAAGGUCUUCCUCGAGUAUUUGGACGACCCUGUAGCUACCGCGGGUGUAAAAACAAGCUCUGGUUGGGUUCAUACCGCAGAUCUUGGUAUGCUUGACUCUAGAGACAGGAUUCAGAUCUUUGGGCGAAAAAGGGAUUCUAUCAAGCGUAGUACAAGAUUAGUUUAUCCAGUAGAAAUAGAACGCACAAUGAUGAACAACCCUCAUGUCAAACAAGCCAUUGCAUUUGGUAUUCCGGACAAGAACGUCAAUGAGGAGAUUUGCGCAUGUCUGGUUACCAAGGAAACGGGCUCUCUUGACGUGGGAGAGCUGGAGGCCUGGUGCGAGGAGCAUUUUGUUCCAGGCCCCGACGGACUGAGCCUGAAGCCUAAAUAUUUUGUGUUUAUGGAUAAAUUCCCACAAACUGGGAAUGGCAAGGACGAUCGCAGGACAGUGAAACUGCAGGCACUUGGACUAUUCAAACAACAAAGACUUUAUAAAGACGCUGGACUAAUACUUUAACGGUCUUGACAUUUUGCCUUGUAAGAUCAAAUAAUGGCGAGCGGGUCUUACAUUGUAAGAAGUAAAAAAAAAAAAAAACAAGGAAUGGUGUUAACUAAUUCUCAUUAGGUUUUCAAUGUUGUUAAUGUAUAUUUUUAAAAUCUAUUUUCAUUUAUGCAUAAUGGAUGUUUGAAAUAAAGUUAUAUGAAUCAUUGUAA